AUGGCGUCGUCCGUACCGUCUUCCUGCUUCACCAGGCGCACCGCCAUCUGGAGGCAGCUUGCGCUGCGCAGCGAUGCAGAUGACAUCAUCCUCGAGCUGCUGGGACGAUUCUCGCUCGAGAAACUCUACCUGGCGAGUGGAGAAAAGACAAGAUAUCAAACCGUCAUCAUCAAUCUUCUGGUUCAGCUUGAUGCCAUCUUCUACAUACAACGUCUCACCAUACCAUCUCGACAAGUGCAGCCUGGCCCGUUUCUAGGAUUCCUAGUCAGUUGGGAGGUUGCUGCUCGCACUGUCGAGUUGGUUCUGCAGACCAUAGUCGAGGGUCGUGAUAGUCUCUGGGAAGCCACGGCGCUGCGAGACGAGUACCUCGCCGAGUUUCUACUGGGAGCCCUCCGCGUUCUGCAACUCCAUCCAAGAUCACCCCCUCUCCAGCGUCCCAAAGAUCGCCGAGCCAGAUUUUCCAGAAUUCAUCGAUUAUUGGAACAGAUAUUUGAUGCCUAUCCUGGUCCAAAGUCAUUCCUACUUGCCAUGUGCAAGGAGGUUAGUGGGCGUCUCCAUGAGGAUGCUCAUUCAGUCUGUCUACCGCCAAAGAUGCAGCAGACAACUCCAAAUCUCACUGCUGAGCUGUAUCCGCUCAAUCCAUGUUUGCUGCCGCCAUCUAUUUUGGAGCUGGUUCCAGCAGAUACUGCUUCCACCAGCUGGAUAUCACAAUUUCUGGCACUGCGAGACGUUUCCCUCUACAUCAUUGGCGCUUCAUUGCAAUGCGCCUCUAAAUCCGCGACGUGCGGCGGACAGCUCCAACAAGAUGCGCUGGAAUCCCGAAAUGCUGUCUUCGCAGCUCUCCAGAAUCUACAAAUACCCUGCCAAUUCUCCAAGGUCGACGUCGUAGCGUCAUUCAAUGCCUGGUUCCGCCUAACUUUAUGGGACACACCGGAUUUAUCGACUCUCAGUUUCGACGAGCCCAGAAGAGGCGAAUAUAUAGCUGAAGCGCUGGAUGAGCUCUCGGAAAAGCUGACCCAGAGGCAGGUUAUCCAGCGAUCCAGCGAUAGGGAGACGGCAUCCAUCAUUUCUAGGAUCACUAGAAGCAUACAAAUACAAGAUGAUCCCGAUGCAAGCUCUGUAGGAUUGCAAAGUCCGUCUCAAUACGUGCUGAACUGCCCCAACAGUCAUACAGUUGGCGGUGCACAACUUCGAGCCAAUGGAAUCAAUACUGCUGUACGUAUGACUUGGGGCCAUCCUCGGCAAAUGCUAACAUCUUCCGAGCUGGAAUCCACCACCCUACAACAGAUUCGGCUAUCAGAGCCAUCACCCUGUGUUACAUGUGAUGAAGAUUACACUUUUGCGCGCGAACUUCCCUUGGCCAGAAAGGUGUGGGAGCUGCUAAGCCCACUCCAGGUCAAUGCUGACUCUGUCAACGUCGAGCGCCACAUGUCCAACAGUUUCCAGUUCGCUUCUCCGGACACCGAGCCCCACGAUAUAUUUAGCUAUAGCAGUUUUACCACCGGUUUGGGCGGAAACGUUCCGAUAACGCUCGACCCGGACAAUCUGCCGCCGCAGCCCCCGUCUGUAGCCAAAGAGACCGCACCGUCGAUGAUGGACCAAUCCAGCAACAAUUCAUUAGGGCCCUCAUAUUCCAUCUCGAAGAAGGAGAACUCACUUCUAGCCCAUAUUAGACCUUGGAUCGCUGCCGAUCCCCCGAGACGAGACAUGUCAGCUGAAAUCGGCCCAGGCGAGAGCCACUCGCAGCAAGGCAGCAGUUCAGUGGCAGGCGUGUCGUACUUUUCAAUUGACACCAUCUCAUCGGGCAAACCGAGUAGCAGGGAGCCACCAAAAACAACUCCUGCAACCCAGAAUCCACCACAAAGCCCCGACAAGGCGCGCCAACGAUGGAGAGUACCUAUCCCGUUCGCAUCAGCAAAACGACCGCUACCCACGGUUUCUGGGGAAUCGAGCUCCUCAUCCAACCAAGUAGAUGAGCAACCUAUGGAGGAGAUCCCGCUCAUAGGACUUCUUGGUUCAGUACUGAAGACGGCUGCGAAGACAAAGGCCGCUGCUGCUGUGCACGUUGCAUUGUCGCAGAAUUCGGCGUACGGGCUACUCUGGAGCCAAUCGACGAUACACGUUUGGGAUCUUGGUACAACGCCUCCCAGUCAGAUUCGCACUAUUACAACAGAGAGCACAUGCAUCUUGGCAACCGUCGGCAGACGCUAUGUAGCAUAUGUGAUUGGCAGCCGUGAGCAAAGACUAACGCUACGAAUAAUGGAUCUCACUCAAACAAUGCCAACAGUAACUGAAUAUCGAGUUCCAUCAGUUCCGUGGUGCAAAAGUAUCGCGAUCGAUCGACAGGAGAACUAUGUUGCGGUCGGGUUCGAAAAUAGCCUCGUGCGAUUCUUCAAAACUGCAACAUCGGAACAACCACGGGAAGACUACUUACACUCCAAGCUUCACAGCGCGUGCAAAAAUUGUGCCUCUGUCGACACGCUUGCAUUCUCCCAAGACGGCCUCAGCCUUGUCGCCAGCACACGCAGUGCCAAGGGCGUCGUGCAAAUAUACCUGUGGUGCUUCCCAUUUAAUUCUUUCGAAGAACUCACUGGGUGCCGGUAUCCUGUACCCAUGCACGAGUCUGAGGACAAUGGAAUAUCCGCUGUGAUGAUGCGAUCGCAACAAGGUGCCGAGGAAGGGCUGCUCUGCGUCACCACAUGGACGCAGUCUGGAACCCCAGUCCUAAUUCAACAAAACGACGGCCACCGAACAGAAGUCAAAGCUUCAUCAAGCAGCAGUCACGGAAAGCUGGGCAACCGGAUAAAAGGCGCCGCAUUCUCCGCCUCUGGUCGAGAGUUGGCCUUGGUCAACGACAAGGGCCACCUGUAUCUUGUGUCGAAUCUCAACGCAAAGCCCAUUGAUGUUCGUCGGAGAGCAACGUCGCGCGAGCUGACCUCGAAGAGCUGCGCGCUGGCACUAUCCUUCAUGACGCUGGCCUCGGAAGAAACGGCCGUUAUGCUGUGGGUUGAUCCGUCGCGCGGAAAGGCGUUUAUGAGGAGGAUUUUGCCAGGAACCAGAUCAACCAAUAGCAUACUAGAGACCAACGGACCAGUGUAUAUUUCAUCAACGCCAUCUCAGAAACUGCCUCAACCGGGAGAUACCAACCCUCGAUCGGGGCUGCAAGAUGCCCAGGCAUCGCUUGUGGAACUGGAGUCACGGCGUCCGAUGGAAAGAGCAAAGAACAGCCCAAGAAAACAGCUGAAGCUCGUGGGAUAA